AUGACAGCAGGUCAAUGGAAACAUUUCAUUGUUACAUAUGCCAGAGCAUGCUUCAUAAAACUUGUUCUACCUACUGUUUACACAAGUCUUCGACUGCUAGCAGAAGUAGUCGAGCUUUUAAUAGAUGAUUCAUCUACACAAGAAAUCAUUGAUCUGAUAGAAGUUAAAAUACAACGUCAUUAUGAGGCCUAUUGUAAGGCCUAUGGGAAAUGGAAUGUCACUGUUAACUAUCACAUGGCAUUACACACGGCAGAUUGUAUGAAUGACUUUGGACCUGCAAACAAUUUUUGGUUGUUUGCUUAUGAAUGUGAGAAUGCUGUUGUUGGCAAUGCUCCGACUAAUGGAAUAUCAAUUGAAUGGCCGUUAUUUAGAAGAUAUCAUGUGCAAUAUCAGCUGGAGAGCUCUUUCAUCGAUCCUGUGGAUCUGCCACAGCUAUCUUCAAUCCCUUCUGAUCUGUAUGCUCUUUAUGAAAGUUGGACUGAUAUAGUGACAAACUUGGAUUUUGACAGGUGGCUGUCUAGUAGAUUACAAUUAGCCGCAUCUACUAGAAUUACUAAUGCUGAACGAAAAGAAGACCUUAUGCGCGUGCAGCUAAUGUUAGAUGCUGAUGAAGAUGAUGAUUCAAUGGACUCUUGGCUAGUUAGUCUUUGUCACCCAGCUAGAAAAAAUUUUACUUUGGCAGAUAAUGUACAGGCUUUACUUGUUAAACACUUUCAACAAGUUUAUGGUGACAAGUUAGUCUGUGUUGCCAGGAAGAUUGACUUGUUUGCACGAUGUAUGCUCAAUGGAUGUGUCUUUUGUUCAGAGAUGAACAGAACAAAUCGAACAAAUGUCGUUCUAGUGUACUGGACAAUCCUCGAUGACCAAGAUCAGUUUGUAACGAAGCCAUACAUUGGCAAUGUUUUGUUUUUUUUGUCAGGCACUUGUUUAUAUUAG